AUGCGUGUGUGCGUGCGUGCGUGCGUGCGUGGAGGCGACGAUCGAUACGAGCUGAGGCUUGACGAAGGCAGGCACGUGCGCGUGAGACCAACACCGCCUCGCCUCGCCUCGCCUCGCCUCGCCUCGCUGCAGAAGCUAUUGAUCAAAGGCUAUUCUGGUCGCAUCAACACCACUGCGGAAAUGCAAGCGUGGGCGAGCUGCGGAUAG